AUGCUGUUUCUGAUUCCUUUAUCCGCCUGCAUUUCUACUGUAACUUCUCCCGGCGACGGAACCGUUUUCCAAUCUACUUGCGGACCAGGAACUGAAUGCUUAUUUAAAUCGUCUCUACAAGAAAAUUCAAGAUCAUAUCUUGUUAUCUACGACUUACAACCAGGGGAUCAAAUCAAAUAUAACUAUGGAUGGACAACAGAUCCGAAUAAUUGGGAUGAUAACUCAUUUACUUUAGCUGAUGAAUCCGAACUCAAGAAAGUUUUUGUUGCAUCAAAUCAAAAUCAAGUUAUAUCUAUUUUAGUGCGUCCGAAAACAUCUAGGCAGAUUUUCGCAAGAGCAGGCUUUACGUAUGACAUGGUUUGCAGUGGAGAUACUUACUUUUCAAUAAAAGAUUAUUUUGAUUUGGAUGAAGUUCUCGCAGCCUCAGGAAAACCAAGAUCAACAACAUUUUGCCUAUACUUUGUCCAUAAGCAUGCAGAAACUACUAUAACCAAUACUCUUUCUAACGGAGAAAUAUCAUAUGCAUCAGGAUAUUCUAUUCAGCAAAUUAAUCGUGGAGCUUCGAAAAGUUUAACAGUAGAUGCACAAGUUCUUAGAAUGAAACUCGCAGUUAGAAAUAGUCCUGAAAAUCUUCAUUUCGAUUUCACGAAUAUUCAAGGCGGAGGUGAUUAUCAAUCAUUUGGCCAAAGAUCUCUUGUUCCCGCGCAAACUCCAUUUGGAACUCCUAUUAUUACUGUUCAUCAAACUCCUCAUAGUACUUUCCAUUCUACACCACAUAGUACUGCAGCAUAUACACCAGUCAUCACUCCGUUCUCAACAAUGCACUCAACUCCUCACUUCACUGCGAAAUAUACUCCAUUUUCAACCGCUCACUCCACUCCGUUCAAAACAAUGUUCCGUACCAACGACAAAACACCUUUCAGAACAUUUUCUUCAACUCCAAGUUCCGACUCUAGUUCAAGUGAUAUUGAAUCUCCUUCUACUCCCACUCCUAUUCCGGAACAAACUCCAGACCCAGAAGUUCCAGAGCAAACACUUGAAAUGACUCCCCAAGAAACAUGGGACGGUCAAUACGAAGAUGAACCAAAUGUUAUCAUAAGAGGUGAUGAUGUCCCUGAAAUUCACGAGACACAUCCUCCGAUUCAAACAGAGUUCAUCAAAACACAGGUUCCGAAGAAAACCACGUUUGUAAACGUUUCUGUAGGAACGAUUCUAAUUAUCAUUGUUGUGAUCCUUACAAUAGUAAAUAUUGUAAGGUCAUAUAGAGCUCUGAGAACUGCGCAUUAUUUAUCUGAUGAUAUUUCCGAUGAAGACUUAACAUCAGAUUUCCUAGCAUCUUAUGAAACAGAUGAUAGCGGUGAUGGAUUUCAUGUUAAUUAA